AACUCAGUACCUUUAUCUCUGCCCAAAACCAGCUCCAUAAUGGCCAAGAAACUCGUCCAAUACUCAGUGGUGGAUGCAUUCACAGAUUCACCCUUCAAGGGCAACCCAGCUGCGGUUUGUUUGUUAGAUGAAGACCGGGACGAGGACUGGUUACAAUCCGUAGCUCUCGAGUUCAAUAUCUCUGAAACCGGUUACUUAACUCGCCUCAACCUCACCUACCGCGCCCUGGACCUCCUUCCCCGGUUCCGACUCAGAUGGUUCCCCCCUGUCAACUUUUGUGGUUCUGCAACGUUAGCAAUCUGCACACUCUCCCUCUUUUCGAGAGGCUUGGUGAAUCUCAACGCGAUUGAUUUGAACCACUUUCUUGGAAUUCUGACUGCCAAAAAGUUCCGGAUUUGGAGGUGUUACUUCCCUCACAAAAUCUGUUGUGGAAUUACAGCCACAGUUUGGACAUCCAGAAUUGUCCUGGAAAAGGCAUAUAGUUUCAGGGCACGCGCCAUCAGAACCGGAUUUGAUUUUUAUGCAGAUUCCUUCUGCCCAAAAUUUGGCAUCAAUGAGGAUCCUGUUUUGGAAGGAGGCCAUUGUGCUUUGGCACCUUAUUGGAGUCGAAAGCUGGGGAAGAAUGUUUUUGUGGCAUAUGCAGCAUCGCCUAGAAGUGGAUUCUUGAACAUACAUUUAGACGAGCAGAAUCAGAGAGUGCUGCUUCAGGGAAAGCUGUAA